AUGAGGUAUAUGUGGAUUAAGCUUCCCGAUGUGAUGUUGCUCAAUGGAGGAGCACCUUCAAGUGAGGGAGCACCUCCGAGUGAGGGAGCACCUACCAGUGAAGGAGCACCUCCAAGUGAGGGACACCUCCAAGUGAGGGAGCACCUACGAGUGAAGAAGCAACUCCGAGUGAAGGAGCACCUCCCAGUGAAGGAGCACCUCCAAGUGAAGAAGCACCUCCCAGUGAGGGAACAUAUCCAACACCUACGAGUGAAGGAGCACCUCCGAGUGAAGGAGCACCUCCAAGUGAAGGAGCACCUCCAAGUGAGGGAGCAACUCCGAGUGAGGGAGCAACUCCGAGUGAGGGAGCAACUCCGAGUAAGGGAGCAACUCCGAGUGAAGGAGCACCUCCGAGUGAGGGAGCACCUCCAAGUGAGGGAGCACCUCCAAGUGAGGGAGCACCUCCAAGUGAGGGGGCACCUCCAAGUGAGGGAGCAACUCCGAGUGAAGAAGCACCUCCGAGUGAAGGAACACUUCCGAGUGAAGGAGCACCUUCGAGUGAGGGAGCACCUCCGAGUGAACGAGCACCUCCAAGUGAGGGAGCACCUCCGAGUGAGGGAGCACCUCCCAGUGAAGGAGCACCUCCAAGUGAAGGAGCACCUCCCAGUGAGGGAACAAAUCCAAGUGAGGGAGCAACUCCGAGUGAGGAGGCAACUCCGAUUGAAGGAGCACCUCCAACAACUCCGAGUGAGGGAGCAACUCCGAGUGAGGGAGCAACUCCGAGUAAGGGAGCAACUCCGAGUGAAGGAGCACCUCCGAGUGAGGGAGCACCUCCAAGUGAGGGAGCACCUCCAAGUGAGGGAGCACCUCCAAGUGAGGGGGCACCUCCAAGUGAGGGAGCAACUCCGAGUGAAGAAGCACCUCCGAGUGAAGGAGCACUUCCGAGUGAAGGAGCACCUUCGAGUGAGGGAGCACCUCCGAGUGAAGGAGCACCUCCAAGUGAGGGAGCACCUCCGAGUGAGGGAGCACCUCCCAGUGAAGGAGCACCUCCGAGUGAGGGAGCACCUCCAAGUGAGGGAGCACCUCCGAGUGAAGGAGCACCUCCGAGUGAAGGAGCACUUCCCAGUGAAGGAGCACCUCCGAGUGAGGGAGCACCUCCCAGUGAAUGAGCACUUCCAAGUGAGGGAGUACCUCCAAGUGAAGGAGCACUUCCGAGUGAAGGAGCACUUCCGAGUGAAGGAGCACUUCCGAGUGAAGGAGCACCUUCGAGUGAAGGUGCACCUCCGAGUGAGGGAGCACCUCCGAGUGAGGGAGCACCUCCGAGUGAAGGAGCACUUCCGAGUGAGGGAGUACCUCCAAGUGAAGGAGCACCUCCGAGUGAAGGAGCACUUCCGAGUGAAGGAGCACUUCCGAGUGAAGGAGCACCUUCGAGUGAGGGAGCACUUCCGAGUGGAGGAGCACCUUCGAGUGAGGGAGCACCUCCGAGUGAACGAGCACCUCCAAGUGAGGGAGCACGUCCGAGUGAGGGAAUACGUCCAAGUGAGGGAGCACCUCCGAGUGAGGGAGCACCUCCGAGUGAAGGAGCACCUCCGAGUGAGGGAGCACCUCCGAGUGAGGGAGCACCUCCGAGUGAGGGAGCACCUCCGAGUGAGGGAGCACCUCCGAGUGAGGGAGCACCUCCGAGUGAAGGAGCACCUCCGAGUGAGGGAGCACCUCCGAGUGAGGGAGCACCUCCGAGUGAGGGAGCACCUCCGAGUGAAGGAGCACCUCCGAGUGAAGGAGCACUUCCCAGUGAAGGAGCACCUCCGAGUGAGGGAGCACCUAGUCCGAGUGAAGGAGCACCUCCGAGUGAGGGAGCACCUCCGAGUGAGGGAGCACCUCCGAGUGAAGGAGCACCUCCGAGUGAGGGAGCACCUCCGAGUGAGGGAGCACCUCCGAGUGAGGGAGCACCUCCGAGUGAAGGAGCACCUCCAAGUGAGGGAGCACCCCAAGUGA